AUCCACUCGUGAACCAAACCCCCCCCCCCCUCUUCUUCCCCCAAUCAUUUGUGCUCUCCCUGGAGACCUCUGAAGCCAAGGAAAACCCUAGCCCUUCAUCGCCGCCGCCGUCCCCAGGUCCUCAGCGCCGCCGCUGCUUCCUCUUCCCCGUGUCGUUUUCAUCUUCGCUGGCACGUCGUUUUCAUCUUCCUCUUCCCCAGGUAGCUCGGCACAUCGUUUUCAUCUUCGCUGCCUUCUCGGCACGGAACCCAGUUUGCAAUCUGAGUCUGCAUUUCUGCAUUCAACUUCUUCAGAAGAGAAGAGGAUGGUUCUGUCUCAGAAGAUUCACGAAGCUUUCAAGGGCACAGUAGAGAGGAUCACGAGCGCUCGAACCGUCUCAGCCUUCAAAGAGAAAGGAGUUCUCAGUGUCUCUGAGUUCGUCACUGCCGGCGACAAUCUCGUUGCCAAAUGCCCCACUUGGUCCUGGGAAUCAGGUGAGCCAAGCAAAAGGAAGCCAUAUUUGCCAGCGGAUAAACAAUUAUUAAUUACUAGGAAUGUGCCGUGUUUGCGGAGAGCUGUAUCUGUAGAAGAAGAAUAUGAAGCGGCUGGAGGAGAAGUUCUACUUGAUGAUGAAGAAAAUGAUGGAUGGCUAGCAACUCAUGGAAAACCUAAAGAAACCAAAUCCGACGAGGAAGAGGAUUUACCUUCCAUGGAAAGCCUAGAAAUCAGCAAAAAGGAACCUGUUAAGCAAAUUUCAUCCUACAUGGGAGGUGAUGAGGAAGACGAUAUUCCGGAUAUGGCUGAGUUUGAAGAAACUGAUAACAUUGUUACAGAUCCUUCUACAUAUCUAGUGGCUCAUGAACCUGAUGAUGAUAAUAUUCUACGAACCCGAACUUACGACAUCAGUAUCACGUAUGAUAAAUAUUAUCAAACACCUCGAGUAUGGCUUACCGGGUAUGAUGAGUCAAGGAUGCUUUUGCAACAAGAACUUGUCCUUGAAGAUGUUAGUCAGGACCAUGCUCGCAAAACGGUAACAAUUGAGGACCACCCUCACUUGCCUGGUAAGCAUGCAUCUAUUCAUCCAUGUCGACAUGGAGCAGUGAUGAAGAAAAUCAUUGAUGUUUUGAUGUCACGUGGGGUUGAGCCAGAAGUUGACAAGUACCUGUUCUUAUUCUUGAAGUUUAUGGCCUCUGUAAUUCCAACUAUUGAGUAUGAUUACACAAUGGACUUUGAUCUUGGUAGCUCCAGCAACAACUGACUAAGGAGUGUGGGUACACGAUGUAAGUGAAAACCGGAUCCAUCAUAAAGCGAGGACCAGACGCAAACAUAACUGUCACUCUCAGUGACGUAAAGGCCCGCGAGGUUCGGGUCCCGAACCUCCGGGCCUGGGGGAUCAUGGGCCAAGGCUAUAACUACCUGGAGCGCGGCAAUCUUGAUGCCUUCACCGGCCGAGGCCCAUGCAUAGACACCCCGGUCUGCCGCCUCAACCUCACCUCUGACGGCUCUGGCUCCCACCAUGGUUGGUAUUGCGACUAUGUUGAGGUUACUACCACUGGCCCCCAUAAAUCAUGCUCUCAGACAUUCUUCUACAUUGACCAGUGGCUCGCUGAUGAUGUCAGCCCCUACAAUCUCAGCGCCGUCCUCGACGGAUGCCACCGUGCACAAUACGCUCGUCGGCUUGAUGAGAUGCAUGAUUCAAUUCAUUGAUUCAUCGUUCUUUCUUUUUCCUUCUUUUUAUUUAUUUCCUUUUGUGGUAGUUGAUGUUUGAUCUCUUUUAGUUGUUUUCUAUUUCGUGCAUGCUGUAGGAAGUGGUAUGUGAUGAUGCUUUAUGCAUAUGCAUGGUGAAAAUUGUUAAUUGAAAGGAUAUUCUUCUUGGUUA